CGAGAGGGGUGUGUGUAGAAAGUAGCCCACUGUACAAAGGUAAAACCUGACACCGGUUGCUCUGCCCGCUUUUGCCUCUGGCCCAGCCCACCACUGGCCUGUGGCCCCUGGAAGAUUGCCCAGAAGGGGAUGUGGCCCUCCGGCUAAAGAAAAGGUUCCCCAGCCCUGGAUUAGAGAGUGGCUGAGAGGGGGCAAGGCAGGGGCAAGAGAGGGAAAACCCUUUAGAAAGGUAGGAACCUGAGUCAGACCCAUCUAGCUCAGCAUUGUCUACACUGGCUGGCAGCAGCUCUCCAGGGGUCCGGGCAGGGAGUCUCUUCCAGCCCUACCUGGGGAUUGAAGCUGGGACCUUCUGGGUGCAGGGCAGAUGUUCAGCUGCUGAGCCACAGCCCUUUCCCUCCCUCCUGUGCAGUUUGCUGUGCUCUGAGUCUGACCCAGCACAGCGAAUUUUUAUUUCCCCCCUAGCUCACCCUCUCUCUCUCUCUCCCCCCCCCCCCCCACAGGCGAUGCGGCUGACAGCAUAACUAGCAGGCAGGCGAUUGUCUGGCUUGGCUGUGUUUAGUCUGUGGCUCCUCUUCCUCCUCCUCCUUUUGCUCCGAUUGCACAAGGAGGUUGUGGGGAGGGGGGGACGGAGGGAGGGAGAGCGCCUGGCUCCUCUGAAGCAGCCACGGAUGUGCGUCCCACCACCUUAAGGAGGAUUUGUGCGCCCCGCCGCGUUCCGGAGAGCAUGCAAGCGCCCCAAGGAGACCCUCUGCGCACCCCUAAGCGGGAAGGCCGAUAGCAGGGAAUCGCCGCCCUGUCGCCAUGUCCCUGAACCAGCCCAGCAGCAACGAUGCUUGCUUGAGCAUCGUCCACAGCCUGAUGUGCCAUCGGCAGGGCGGGGAGAACGAGUCCUUUGCCAAGCGGGCCAUCGAGAGCUUGGUCAAGAAGCUGAAGGAGAAGAAGGACGAGCUGGACUCGCUCAUCACGGCCAUCACCACCAACGGUGCCCACCCCAGCAAGUGUGUCACCAUCCAGCGCACCCUUGAUGGCCGUUUGCAGGUGGCAGGGCGCAAAGGCUUCCCCCACGUGAUCUACGCCCGCCUCUGGCGCUGGCCCGACUUGCAUAAGAACGAACUCAAGCACGUCAAGUUCUGCCAGUUCGCCUUCGACCUCAAGUACGACAGUGUCUGCGUCAACCCCUAUCACUACGAGCGGGUGGUCUCGCCGGGCAUCGGACUGAAUAUCCAGAAUACAGCAUCUCCCGCCCGGCUCGUGAAGGAGGAAUUUGUUCCUGACUGUAUCCAGAUGGAGGUCCCUCCUGCUCCCCCCGUUGAUCGCCCAGGCCCUGGGAUCAAGGCGAGCCACUCUCACGUGGAGCCCUAUCCGCCCUUAUCGCCCCUUCAGCUUCCUGAACCUCGCCACCCAGCUGCUAGCAUCUAUCCUGCAUUGCCUUUAUCUCCUCCAGGCCCUCCUGGGGGGCCCCUGCUUCCCCUCCUACACGGUGAGGGUCUUCUUCAAAUCUCCAGCCCCUCACAUCCCCCAGCCCCAGCUCCCCUAAGCUCCCAGCAAAAUGGCAGCACCCCCAAACUGCCUUAUCAGAACUCAGCCACCAGCUGGACGGGGAACAGCAGCACCCCAAGCUACAGCUCUGGUGGGAGGGGCCAGCAGCCCGCCUCACCAUCGCUCUCCAUGCCCCAGCAGCAGCAGAAUGGACGGAGUUACUCCCAGCCUCCUCUCCACCACUCAAACCAUUACUGGCCUGCACACCACAGCUCACCUCCUUAUCAACAGCCGGUCUCCAGUCACCCUGGCCCCGAGUUCUGGUGCUCGAUCGCCUACUUCGAGAUGGACGUGCAAGUGGGUGAGAUCUUUAAGGUGCCCGCCAGCUGCUCCGUGGUGACUGUGGAUGGCUACGUGGACCCUUCCGGCGGUGACCGCUUCUGCCUGGGGCAGCUGUCUAACGUCCACCGUACCGAUGCCAGUGAGCGUGCCAGACUGCACAUUGGCAAAGGGGUGCAGCUGCAGUGCCGUGGUGAAGGCGACGUCUGGAUGCGGUGUCUGAGUGACCACGCCGUCUUUGUGCAGAGCUACUAUUUGGACCGGGAGGCUGGACGUGCUCCGGGGGACGCCGUGCACAAGAUCUACCCCGGGGCUUACAUCAAGGUGUUUGACCUGCGCCAAUGCCACCGACAGAUGCACCAGCAAGCGGCUACGGCGCAGGCAGCCGCAGCGGCGCAGGCAGCAGCUGUGUCGGGGAACAUCCCUGGGCCCGGCUCAGUGGGCGGCAUCGCUCCGGCUGUCGGCCUCUCGGCAGCAGCUGGCAUCGGCGUCGACGACCUCCGCCGGCUCUGCAUUUUGCGACUGAGCUUCGUCAAGGGCUGGGGGCCGGAUUACCCCCGCCAGAGCAUCAAGCACACGCCCUGCUGGAUUGAGGUGCAUUUGCACCGGGCUCUGCAGCUCUUGGACGAGGUCCUCCACACCAUGCCCUUGGCUGACCCGACCUCCAUCAACUGAAUCGGACAGGCUGAGGACGGCGGACAGUUUCUUACGAGCCAGCACUCUCGGGGGUUUGUGUGUGUGUGCGUGUGUGGGGAUCAUCAUCAGCACUGCAAAAACGACUCUGAUCCCAUCCCCAAGAAAGCGUGGGGUUAAGGGUGGUAAGUUUCCAGGAGUUACCAAAGGGACCGUGGAAUUAGUCACUGACACACACACACACACACCACCACCCUUCGAGGGGUGCCACGAUUUGCUCUGUUCCAAGACCAGUGGUGGAAUGAAUGACUUGCAUUCAGAGAGAAGGUCUCCUCCUCUGGCAAUCAACCCACUACAAAGGACUGAUUUUUUUUUUUUAUGACGAUUAUCGUUGGCGGUGUCAUUCCUGACGGUCAGCAAUCUGGUUGCGGCUCGCCUGAGGAGCUGAGAAGAGAUGCAGAAUCUCCCUCCUGCUGUCGGAAAGCCCUCAUCUUAAUCGUCUGGGUUAGAUCUUUUCUGGUUAGAGCCAGCUCUAACGUCAGGCAGAGGGAGGCAGAUGCCUCAGCCGACAAAUGCUGGGAGCUACAGCAAGGACUUGAGAGGACAGAGCCUGGUGUGCAGUUUGACCUUCCCUUCACCCCCCCCCAAACUAGCUCAAACUUGCUUGUUGCCCUCAGGGGGAGAGGACACUGUCCUGUUGCUGUUGUGGAAGUAAGGCCCUAUCUGCACUGUACACUUAAAGCAGUUUUAUACCACUUUAAACAGUCAUUCAUUGCUUCCCCCAAAGAAUCCUGGGAAUUGUCAUCUGUUCAAGGUGCUGAGAGUUGUUACGAGACCCCUAUUCCCCUCACAGGGUUCCCUCGGAUGAAGGAUUUGGUUGUAAACCACUCUGGGAACUGUAACUCUGUGAGGGGAAUGGGGGUGUGUGUGUGUCUCCGAACAAGUCUCAGCACCCGUAGCAAACUACACUUCACAGGAUUCUUUGGGGGAAGCCAUAACUGUUUAAAGUGACAUGACACUGCUUUAAAUGUAUAGUGCAAAUAUAAAACAGAGGUCACUGUCUUGUCUUUUGCCAUGGGCCACGAAAAUAUCUUUGGCCAGCUUAUUCUUAGGCUUUAAAUCCCAAACCUUAGGGCUGCAAUGUUUCAUUAGGCAAUUAAUCAGCUUAAAGCACCAUUGGUCAUGUAGGAAGGUGUUCCCGAUUGAAUCAGGAAAGUGACUUUUUUUAUAAAACCCACAAAAUUAAUAUAAGUGCUUAUAAAAUGUUGUAAUUGGCUAACUCCUGCUCAGAGCAGACCCGUUGAAAUCAAUGGACUUUAGUUAACGUCGUUUCUAUUGAUUUCAGUGGAUAUAACCCUGAAUAGGAAUUAUUUGAUCUGUGUACCAUACAUUAACCACAUAUUUAAAGUAUAUUUCCCCCCCUCAAAAAAAAAUAGAAUCCUGGGAAUUGUAGUUUGUUAAGGGCACUGGGCAUUGUAACUCUGUGAGGGGCAAACUACAGUUCCCAGGAUUCUUUGGUGGUGGUGGGAGAAUGUGCCUUAAAUUAAUAACGUGUAAACAACCGUGAAUACAAUGCCCCCAAACUGCAGAUAAGAACAUAAGAACAUAAGAAGAGCCUGCUGGAUCAGGCCAGUGGGCCAUCUAGUCCAGCAUCCUGUUCUCACAGUGGCCAACCAGGUGCCUGGGGGAAGCCCGCAAGCAGGACCCGAGUGCAAGAACACUCUCCCCUCCUGAGGCUUCCGGCAACUGGUUUUCAGAAGCAUGCUGCCUCUGACUAGGGUGGCAGAGCACAGCCAUCAUGGCUAGUAGCCAUUGAUAGCCCUGUCCUCCAUGAAUUUGUCUAAUCUUCUUUUAAAGCCAUCCAAGCUGGCGGCCAUUACUGCAUCUUGUGGGAGCAAAUUCCAUAGUUUAACUAUGCGCUGAGUAAAGAAGUCCUUCCUUUUGUCUGUC